AUGCCGCCCGUUACCCCCGCGAAAAACUUUGCGCGACAUCUAUUGAAUGUCCUCGCCGCCCUGGGUGCGGAGCCUGGUGCCGGGUGGAAUCUCGCUAUACAGGUUGCGGUAUUUUUUUUCUUUCUAGAAGGCGUCUGGCUGGUUCCAACUGGCUGGAUGGAUGUUCGUGCCGCCGCUUCGGUGGUCCGAAAGGCUGAUUAUGAAGAGGGCGUGAUCGUUCCUGGUUAA